AUGGGAAUACAUGACUCCAGUGUUUCGAACCUCCCGUUGUGUCUCCAUAAAGACACCCACCAUUGGCACUUUGAGGGAGGUGGUCAGUACACAGUUCGGAGUGGGCAUGAAGUUGCUCGUUGGGUUUUGCUCCAGCAAGAUGGGGACGACACCAACGCGAAUGGAGGACCAAUUGUAGUUUUUGAACAUGUUUGGAAGAAGAUUUGGAAAGCCCGGCUACCAACAAAGGUCCGUAUAUUCAUCUGGUGUGCUCUCUUGAAUAUUUUAUCCACCAAGGAUAAUUUGAUUCAUCGCGGUAUCUCUGAAUUGGGAGGCUGCAUUUUUUGUGGGGCUGAUGAAACCGUGGCCCAUGUGCUUCUCCAAUGCCCCAUGGCUAUUGCUUCUUGGUCUUUGUUUCCAACUUGGACACACUUUAAUAUUGAUUCCACAGUGGAGUUCAAGAUGUGGUUCCAAGGAUUUGCUGCGGACCACCCACUUCAUGAGCUAGAGAAAGUCAUGGUGUGCUUGUGGAUGCUGUGGUAUGAGUGCAAUCAAAUGGCCUGGGCAGGACGUCAACGGAGUUCAACAGAAAUUGUUAGUGGAGCAAUGCACUGUUUGCAAGAGUUUCAGGAAGUAAACCCCCCUCCCAAGACCCAUACCUCACGUGCCAGAGCUAAAUGGGGGCAGCCACCGCCUGGAGAUAUUAAAAUAAAUGUGAGGGGAGUGUUUCAUGUUGAAUCCAGUUUUGGUGGGGUUGGUUUGGUGGUGCGUAACUAUACAGGUGCCUUUCUUGCAUGCAAGUUGGUUGUGCUAAAUCGGAUAUCAAAUCCCAUGCAUGCCAAGCUGGUUGCAUUAAGAGAAGGCUUAAUCUAUGCUGCCAAGUGGUCCAAUCUGGAGUGUCGUAUAGAAGGGGUUCUCAAGGUGCUUUGCACUCAGUACAACAGGCCCAAAUUGAUCUGUCCCAUCUUGGUUGCCUAA